UCGUCGACUUGGUCAUGUUCAACAACCUCUCUCACUCCCUUUGGGGCAAAGAUUAACAAAAGCAAACGUGAUGCGGUAUCAGAAGAGGAUGGAAGAGGAAUAGGCGAGCAAGGGAGAAAGAGAAAAUGAGAUAAGUUAACGAUUGAUCUCCUGCCCCUCCACUUCAUCAUUCUCCGUCGAUAUUAGCACUCACGCAGUUGUUUCUAGCUAGUUAGUCAGUCAGUCUUUCAGUGGCAGGUUAGUUGGACAGUUGUUUAGCUGCAUACUGCAUACGUCAAAAUGGUUGCGAUGCUGAAGAGGACUCACUCAUUUCUAACAUUCAGUUUUAUCUUUCUCCUGUCACUGGGAAUCUGCUAUGCAACCGACUACAAAGUUACCGACCGUGUCUUCUUUGAUAUGCAAAUGGGUGGCAAGGAUAUCGGAAGAAUAGAAAUCGGUCUUUUUGGAGAAGAUGUGCCGAAAACUGUCCGGAACUUCGUCACUUUAGCCACAACUGGAGUCGAUGGAAAGACAUACGCCAACUCUCCAUUCCACAGAGUCAUCAAGAAAUUUAUGAUUCAAGGAGGUGACAUCAUCAACGGUGAUGGGACUGGCUCAACCAGCAUUUACGGUAGAAAAUUCGAUGACGAAAACUUCAACCUGAAGCACGUUGGACCAGGAUUCCUCAGCAUGGCUAACUCUGGAAGAAAUACAAAUGGAUGCCAGUUUUUCAUCACCACAAUUGCUACUCCAUGGCUGGACAACAAGCAUGUAGUGUUCGGAAAGGUGAUCAAGGGCCAAAACGUUGUGCAUACCAUUGAGCAGGCAAAAACCAACACCAAUGACCAGCCAUUGGAGAGAGUCAUCAUCAAGGCCAGUGGUAGCAUCCCCACUCCCGAGCCAUACACAAUCACCGACAACAUCUACGAUGAUACGUGUGGAAUUAGCACUAAACGUGACUGCACCUUAAUAUCCAUAGGCGCCGACUCCAUGGGGCCCAAGGGGCUCGAGCCCCCCCAAAAAUUUAGUUGAGGGGGCGGAGCCCCCCCAAUAAUUUGUUGAGAAGGAUAAUUACAUUUUGCUUGUAAGUUUAAAGCAUCGCGUGAUACGCUACUAUAAACUCUUUAAACAGUACUAAACCAAUUACUCUCAACACAAUGUCAUACUGUGUUGUGCUUUUACGAACUUAAUACGAUGUAAAACUGAGUAAGUUUAGCCAAAGAGAUGAGUGUUGAAGCAUGAGGGUAAGGGGAGUCAUAGAUAGUUAUAAGAAUUUGGAACUGUGCUGCGACGCGAACCACUGUUAUUGUUAUUGUCUACUUGUUAUUGUUAUUGUCUAGAAGGCGUAGAGGGCGACGACCCGGUAAGUCAAACAACCCACCCCUCCCCGCACACUCAUGCCAAAAAUUGCGCCACUGCUCCUGCACUCACUCUAGCAGUGUGUCCAGCCGUAGUACAUUUUGCGAGGGAUAUUUUGAUAAUUAGUACUUAAUUUUUCCCGGGCUGGACACACUGCAUUCUAGUCUGUCUUGUGUUGUGUAGUUGUG